GCCCAACUUUUUCUCUCUUCUCUCUUCCUAUUUCCCCCCAAUCAAUUUCACACCCUCCACAUUCCCAUUCUUUCUUCUUCUUCUCCGCCAAAUUCCUCUCCAUCUCCUCCUCUGUUUUAAUGGACUCAAUCCGACCCAGUCCAGCUCCCAACCGGAGCACCCUUCUUGCCCGGACCUUCCACAAGGUCCUCCAUCGCAAGACCUCAACUUCCUCUUCUUCUUCCCCGAAACCCAUGCCCAGCAAUGCUGCCUUUUGCCUCCUCAUUCCUCCGGAGAAGCUCAAGUGCUGCGAACCCCUGCACUUGGACAGAGACGAGAUUCUUCAGGACUGCAGGGAGAUCUCAAGAAACAGGGCGGCCAUGGAGGCCUUCGUCGCCAAGCUCUUCGCCGCCAUUUCCUCUCUGAAAGCCGCUUACGCCGAGCUCCAGAUUUCGCAGUUCCCUUACAACAGUGGGGCUGUCCAGUCUGCAGAUCUAGCCGUGGUGGGUGAGCUCAAGUCCAUCUCCGAGCUCAAGCGCAGAUUUCUCAAGAACCAGGUCGGUUCAUCUUCCCCUCCUCAUGUCUCCCUCAUGAUUUCCGAGAUUCGAGAACAGCAGUCCCUGAUGAAGACGUACGAGAUCACCAUGAGGAAAAUGCAGGGCGAGAUCGAGAGGAAAACGGCCAUGGCUUCUUCCCUCCGGAGCGAGCUUGAGGAAAUUGCAGCGGGGAACAGAUCCCUCGAGGGGAAGAUGAACGCCGCCGGCGGGUCUUUCGAUGGGGUGGGGUUUUCCGAUGUGAAUACCAGAGAUUUCGUCGCCGUUCUUCAGUAUGCUGUGAGAUCUCUCAGGCAUUUCGUCAAACACCUUGUCCGCAGCAUGGAGGCUGCCCACUGGGACAUCGACGGCGCAACGGCUGCGAUUCACAAGACGGCCUCGUUCAGGAAGAAAAGCCACCGGGCUUUCGCCUUCGAAUCUUUCGUCUGCAGAGAGAUGUUCACCGGGUUCGAGGACCCCUGCUUUUCUGUACAGAGUGACCCCUGUUCGUCGCCGGAGAAACAGAGGACAUUCUUCUUCGACCAGUUCAAACAGUUGAGAUCUGCGAGUGCGGCUCAGUUCCUGAAGCAGAACCCUUCCUCUGUUUUCGCGAGGUUCUUGAAGGCGAAAUACCUUCACUUGGUCCAUCCCAAGAUGGAGUAUUCUUUCUCCGGGAACUUGACCCAACGGAAAACGGUGAACUCCGGCGACUUCCCGGAAACCGAAUUCUUCGGGGCGUUUGCCGAGAUGGGGAGGAGGGUUUGGCUCUUGCAUUGCCUCGCCUUCUCUUUCCAUCAACACGUCGCCGUUUUCCAGGUGAGGAAGGGGGCCAAGUUCUCGGAGAUUUACAUGGAGAGCGUCACGGACGAGAUUUUCCCCGGCGCCGGCGAGUUUCGGGCGGCGUUCACGGUGGUUCCCGGGUUCAAACUCGGGAAAAUGGUGGUCCAAAGCCAGGUAUACCUCUCUCCGGUUAAAAACUAGCGUUCUACGGGCUUUCUUCCGUCGCGUUUUCCCGGUGGAUGGUUAACAACGCGCCGCCGCUUUUAUGGUGUCGCCGGCCACCGAUUUUUCUCCCGACGCGGCGGUGUAAGUAAAUUGCCAGAUCAACUUUGUAAUAGCAUGAAGAAAUCGUGUUUAAUAAAUUAUGAUAAUUACGGAGUAGCAUUAUUAAGUUGAUCAAGCCAUUACUUAAUGUGAUUAUACCUACAUUAUAAUUACGUAAAUUUUGAGGGACCAGAAACGAAAUUCCACUUUGAAGUUGCCGGAGAAUGGGCAGAUCUUGUAAAAUGUAUCCGUUGGGCACGGAGGCGCGUGUGUGGAGCGUGGAAGGUCAAAGAUGGGAGUGUAUUGGGAAAUGUGUGGGUUAGGAGCCCAGCAUAUGAAUGGGCUUUGGGCCCACAUGUGAAAGUGGUUUAGUCAGGCCUGCAUGAAUGAACUGGAUUUUUUUGUUGUAUAUUGUAAAAGAAGUAAAGGGGGUGUAUAUGUGGGGCCCAAGGAGAAGGCCCUUGUCUUUGUUUUCAAGUGGUUAAAAUUUAAAGGGGAUGAUGACUCAGUGGGCCCAUCAGAAAGGGAAAGAAAUGUCACAAGAUUUUUCUAAUUUUGUACCCUCCAAGUUUUUGGUAUUUUCAAAAUGUAGCCAAACAUUGGCACACCAAAAACUCCUAGCCCACAUUAACUUCUUCAUGUGUAUAAAACACUAGCUCAUGA